UUCCUGUAGAGCGAGCUAAUACCCAUUUUAUUAGCCAGCUGCUGCUUAAGUCCACGAAUCACCAUAAAGUAGAACCGGAAUAUUAACACUAUAAGUCAGUACUUCUUGGUCGAGUUAACAUACUUAAGUGAUGAAUUUGAUGUAUUUUCGGUUGAUAUUUGGAAACCACUCAUCGAUUUUCGCUCGAUUCACCACUUCUGCUAAAACUGAGUUGCUAGGAGUAUAAGCUAGCUACUUUGAUGUGAGUGCGAGAGCAAUGGCAUGCAAGCGGAGCCGGUGGUUGCUAGUACAGCAGGUCGAGAGGCUAAUACUACAGUAUGUUUAUUUGAUGCUCCUGUUUUACCCUGCUGCAUACCAGUCCGGUGAGGCGUGUGCUGCCGUGGCGGAGGAAGCGGGAACCAGCAGCGCCACGCUUAUACUGUGCAGGUCGUGCGGACACGAGCUGGCACACGGGACGGACAUACACUUCGUUCCCAGUCGGCUGGCGCUCUCCAGCCGCAACGAUACGUUGGUCGGGGGCCGAAGGGUUAAUGUCCAACUUUUCGAAAACCCCCAUGGACACCAGUUUGAGGUGAUAACGUUUAGAAAAGCUGACGUUACCCAGCACUGGCCGGCAGAUAAACACUUCUCUUGGUUCCCGGGGUUCUCGUGGACGGUGGCCACUUGUCCUCGGUGUAAAACUCAUUUAGGUUGGGCCUUCCAGCCCAGUGACUGGCCAGAUAUAAUCACAAAAACCACCUUUGAGGAGUCGAAGCACACCUUCUUGGCUUUGAUCGCUCAUCGUCUUUUAACAGAAGACUUCGCUUCAAGCCUGCUAAUGACUCCAAAAUCCUUUGUGAGCUGAUGGACUGUGACUGUACAAUAAUCCCAGUAUGAGAGCGGUAUGGCAAUAAAAAUCUCAUGCUGAAUUGCUCACCCUGUGGAUGGUUGACAAACGUGGUGACCCAGAAGUUGGGAAUUUUGGCGAUCAGUUCUGACCUCUUCUGAAAGAAUGGCUGGCGGAGUUUGUUAUAUUUCUGUUCUACUUUGAGGAUCUCCUCACUGGCUUGCUCGUUCAACCUGAAAUGGACCAGGAAAAAAAAAAUUCAAACGAUAAUAAAAAUACAUGAACUGUU